AUGACGUCUCCCCUGUGCUGGCUGGCCGCCACCAGUGCCACGGUGCCUCCUCCGGACCAGAUUCCGACUUCUUCCAAGGCCAAGGGCACUCAAGAUCAGACUAAAGGCCACCCUAGAGUCAAGGUCCCCGGACAGGCCUGGCCUCCAGUCCAUUUCAAGGGACCCACCCAUGGGAAGGCCGCUAUCCAAGUUCAGAUGGCUGAGUUACAAAGGAAGAUACAAGUAUUAGAGAGUGAUCGGAAGGCCUUUUAUGAGAGCAGCCAGUGGAACAUCAAGAAGAAUCAGGAAACCAUCAACCACCUACAUGAGGAGAACAGGGGGCUGCAGCUACGGCUGAGGGACCUGCUCCAGGGAGAAGAGAAAGUGAUCCAGGCAGUGAUUCAGGAAUGGAAGUCGGAAAAGCCAUACCUGAAGAACAGGACAGGCCAGCAGGCCCUGGAGUACCUGGACCACCAGCUGAGUGAGAAGGUGAAGCAACGGAACGCUCUCCGGCACCAGCUGGGAUUGCGGCAGAAGCGGCUGGAGGAGCUCCAGCUGCAGCACAGCCUACGUGAGAUGGAGAUGGUGGAGGUGCAUGAUAGUAACACUGAGAUGGCUAAGACCUUGCGGAACCUGGAGAACCGCCUGGAGAAGGCUCGGAUGAAGGCGGAGGAGGCGGAACACAUCACCCAUGUGUACCUGCAGCUCAAGGCCUAUCUCCAGGGAGAGAGCCUUCACUUCGAAAACCGUGUGGACUUCAUGGAGGCUGAGGCGGUGAGGAUGAAACGUGAACUGGAGGAGCUGCGCGUGGUGAACCAGGAGGCACUCAACACCCGGAACGUUGCCAAGAGCCAGCUGCAGUAUCUGGAGGAGACUGUGUUCCGAGAGCGCAAGAACCGCGAGCACUACGUGAGCGAGUUCAAGAAGCUGGCGGAGGAGAGGAAACUGCAGAACGAGCGCAUGGAGCGCAAGACCCAGCGGGAGCACGUGCUGCUGCAGUCCGAUGAUACAACCCAGGACAGCCGGAAGGCCAAGGAGGAGGAGCUGGAGAUGCGCUGGAGCAUGUACCAGAUGGAGAUGCUCUUCGGCAAGGUCAAGGACGCCACCGGCGUGGCCGAAGCACACGCGGUGGUGCGACGGUUCCUGGCGCAGAGCGACACCUUCACGCAGUUGGAGAUGCUCAAGAAUGAGAACGCGGAGCUGCUGCAGGGACUGAAACAAGAGAAGCAGCAGCUGCAUCAGGAGCUCGAAGAACACAAGUACUCAGGGGAGACCAUGCUAGUGAGUGAACAGAGGCUGCAGACUGAGUUGCAGAGUAGCCUCAAUGCAGAGCAGCAGCGGAAGGCUGAGGCCCAGGCCCAGCUGGAUCAGGCCACGCGGGCGAUGCAAGUUGUGAGGGAGGGCAUGGAGGAACUGGCGGGCAAGCUGAACCACCUCACACUGGGCAGCCAGCCGCAGGAGGCCCGGGGCUCUGCUGAGAAAGAGCUGGAUCGCAAGGCCAGUGACUAUAUGCCCAAGCUGCUGGGCCUGGUGGAGGAGAAGCUGCUGGCGCUGCAGGCGCAAUUCGACAGCCAGGAAAUUCCGGAGAUGCUGCGCCACAUCGCGAAUCGCGAGUUCUACGUCAACCUGGAGGGAAAGCUGCCCCCGCACAACACCCGCAUCACCUUCCCCCUGGCCAGCGCCGCGGACAAGUUCUUCGACGAGGAGGACACCGAGGACGACGACAACGACCUGGUGUCUCGCGCGGGCCUCAAGAUCCGCUCCCAGAAACUGAUCGAUUCUCGCAGCAAGAAGCGCAAAAGCCCUCGGAAGUCCUAG